GCCCCGCCGGCAGAUUGAUGCUCCAGAGCGUGAGGGUCGAGGGCGCCGCCGGCUGCUCCCAUUGCGCAUGUGUGGGAGGGUUUCCCUGACAGCGAGAGAAACCUGGCCGUGGUGGAGGGGUGCCGACCCCUUGGCCUUCCGUCCGCUUGCGCCAGCCGGUCUCUAGUUUGGACUUCUGUCUGCGGUCCUCAGCGACUCUCUGUGCCCAUCUUACCUGUACGCUUUGGGUCUACCAACAGGGUUGCUCAUGAAACUGUUCUUUUUAAGACAAUUAAAACCCAGUGGAAUGGAAGGAAAAUGCGUCAGGCGUCCUGCGUUAGGCCCAUCAGCGCUGUACACAUUCCUGCUAGGUGUUACAUUCAUUACUUUAAGUUCAAGUCGCAUCUUACUGGUAAAGUAUUCUGCCAAUGAAGAAAACAAGUAUGACUAUCUUCCUACUACUGUGAAUGUAUGCUCAGAGCUGAUGAAGCUGAUUCUCUGUAUACUCGUGUCACUCUGUGUUAUUAAAAAAGAAGAUCAUCAAAGUAGACAUUUGAGAUGUAUUUCCUGGAAGGAAUUCUCAAGUUUCAUGAAGUGGUCCAUUCCUGCUUUCCUCUAUUUCCUGGAUAAUUUGAUUGUCUUCUAUGUCCUGUCCUAUCUUCAGCCCGCCAUGGCUGUUAUCUUCUCGAAUUUUAGCAUUAUAACAACAGCUCUUCUAUUCAGGAUAGUGCUGAAGCGGCAUCUGAACUGGAUACAGUGGGCUUCCCUCCUGAUUCUGUUUUUGUCUAUUGUUGCCCUAACUGCCAGUACCAAAACGUCACAGCAUGACUUGGCAGGACAUGGAUUUCAUCACGAUGCCUUCUUCACCCCAUCCAAUUCCUGCCUUAAUUUCAGGAGAGAAUGUUCCUUAAGAGACAAUUGUACAGUGAAGGAGUGGACUUUCACAGAAUUCAAGUGGAACACCACAGCCAGAGUUUUCAGUCACAUCCGUUUGGGCUUAGGCCAUAUUCUGAUCAUAGUUCAGUGUUUUAUUUCUUCAAUGGCCAAUAUUUAUAAUGAGAAGAUCCUGAAGGAGGGGGCACAGGUCACUGAGAGCAUCUUCAUACAGAAUAGCAAGCUUUAUUUCUUCGGCAUUGUUUUUAAUGGGCUGACCCUGGUCCUUCAGAGCAGUAACCGUGAUCAGAUUCAGAACUGUGGGUUUUUUUAUGGACACAAUGCAUUUUCAGUGGCCCUUAUUUUCGUGACUGCCUUCCAGGGCCUUUCAGUGGCUUUUAUCUUGAAAUUCUUAGACAACAUGUUCCAUGUCUUGAUGGCCCAGGUGACAACUGUCAUCAUCACAACAGUGUCCGUCCUGGUCUUCGACUUCAGGCCCUCCCUCGACUUUUUCCUAGAAGCCCCAUCAGUUCUUCUCUCCAUAUUUAUUUAUAAUGCAAGCAAGACUCAGAAUGUAGAAUGUGCUCCUAGAAAAGAAAGGAUCCGAGAUCUAAAUGGCAGUCUUUGGGAGCGUUCCAGUGGGGAUGGAGAGGAGCUGGAAAGACUUACCAAACCCAAGAGUGAUGACUCCGAGGACGACACUUUCUAAUUGUACCUGGGUGGUUGACAGCUCUCGCAAGCUGUGUUUGCACAUUUUCAACAUUUGUGGCAAUUGUCUUUUCUGAUAAACUGAUGAUGUUCGAAAGCAUAAUAAUCUUUACAUGUAUCUAACCACUACAUGAACAGCUCCAUCCAAAACUUAGAGCAGCCACAGGGUGGCAGAGUUCUGAGACAUGAACAUAGGACUGUGAAUAACCCAGUACUUGAUGAAUCAACAGAAUGCAUAAGCAGAUUUUUCUUCCUCAGCCUCCAGCCUCCAGAAAUCAUGUUAACUAGACCCUACCCGUACACAAAUGGAGACAGUGUGCCAGAUACUAAUCACUGUGUCAUAUUGUCUGCCUGUCCUGGUUUCCCCUCGCCCCACCUUCAUCAUUAUAAAUAUUGUCUAUGUUUUCCCUCAAAUUUCAAGGCCUUAGCACUAGUCAUUUUGCUUUUAUUAAAGCAACAAGACUCUAAAAUUUUUUGGCUGAAAGACCUAAGUAUCUGGCUGUGCCAUAGAUUUUGGAUAACAUCCUUUGUGAUAAAUAUUUUUAAAGCUAUUCUUCAGAAAUAAAAUUUCAAAUUUAAUUUUUUGGAACUUAUAAAAAAUUGUAUUCUUAGUAAUUAUCUUUUUUUUUUUUUUUUUUGCAGCUUUAUUUACAUGAAAGUUGGUUGCCAAGUUGUCAUGUUACCACUUGCAUUUUAAAUCACCUAAGCCUUUGUGGAUUUGUUUUGUUUACUUCAUCUUCCUCAGUUUGUAUAUUUACAAAAUCUUGUCGUCAUCACUUUUUGAUGUUACAUUACUGUGUUGAGAAUUAAGUUGUUUUAAUUUUUAGUUAUUAAUUGAACCUUGUAACUGUUAAGUAUCUUUAUAUAUAGAUUCUAAAAUUCUAAAAUUCAGAACCUUUAUAAGAAUCCUUUUGUAAAAACUAUAAUGACUUUUAAUGAAAUAGUAGAGUUAGUCUGACAGAGGGCCAGUAAUCAGUAAGUCACCUAAAAAUAGCUUAUACUUACAAGUGCAUGGCAUGUUUCAAGGUAUGUUUGCAUGCAGCCAAUUGACUCUUUGUUGGUAGAACAAUCAUGUGACAGGUAAUGAAAAAGUCAGAAAAUAGAAUGAUAUGUUCCAGCUCCUACAGCUGGAUAGUGAUAGAAACAAGCUUCAAGCCUGUGUGUUUACAAAGUCAUAUACUGUAAGUAUGAAUUACAAGCUACCAUGCAGUUUGCACAUUCCUUCUUCAAGUUUCCAUGUAUUUAUAUUUAAGAUAUUAGUAUUAUUGUAAUUCACCUGUCUACCCAGAAUAAUAUAACUAGCAGUCACUGCUAAAACUUUUUCAUUAAAAUAAUUACUAGUCUAA